AAAGAUUCAGUGUUUGUUUAUAUUUUUUGACUUUAAAAAUUGCACUUGAAUGACAUAUUAUAAUUGUAGUGGUAAAGAGUAUUUUUUUUGUUAGUUUAUCAGUGUCUCAUGAAAUUUGGACACUUAACAUAUCAGGUGUAGUACAUAAUUUUUUUUAAUUUAAGUAUCAUAUUAAUAAUUGUGUUUGUUAGUAAAAUAUUAAUAAUUUUUUUAAUUGUUUUUUUUAGUCAUUUACAAGAAUUUUCAUAUAUGAAAUGCAUACAAUUUGUUUUGUACUUACCGUAAAAGGUAACGCUAACUGAUAAUUUUUUUUUUGUUAGCCAAUGCCUGAUGUACCGUAAUCUUAGUUAUUUGUAAAACAAAAUUUUGGUAGAAUUAGUGUUUGUAAAACGCAUGUACCUUUUCGAAAAAGAAUUAUUAAAGGAGCCUCAUUAUCAACCAUGGAAAAACUUCAGUGAAAGAAAAAAUUUGAAGUCCUGGGGUACAAAUCAUAGUCAAUUUGACAACAUAACUAUACCCAGCCGUUCUGUGUUACAAGAAUCACCUUCAAAACAUUGUAAAAUAGAAAAAUUCCAAACUAGUAACGCUAAUACCUUUUCACUUAAUCCAUUACAAACAAAAUUGAAUAUGUUUGAUGAAUCCGAUCAAUCCCUUAUUGCUUUGAAAUAUAAAUCAGCUCCUUUACGUCAUACUUUUAAUGGGCUACGGUCGCCACGUUUUGGAAAGGAGGAAGAAGAAACUGGUGUUAAUGAAUGCGAGACCUUUACGAAUGUAAAGGAUGACCGAAAUAUGAGGAAUAGUGAUGUCUUACUGCCUAAUACUCAAGGACCAAUGAACCAGAGAAGUAUAGCUUAUAGUUCGAUAAGCGCCCGACUGAGCGCGCUUCAAUCACAGACAUUAUCAGGAAAUAAUGUUGAAACAUUUGAAUUACCACACCAACCUUUUUCUAAUCAUUCCUGGGAUACGGCACCUAACAAUGGAUUAGUGGAAGAAAACAAUGUGUUACAUGCACCAUAUUCGACUAGGUGCACAAUGAGUAAUAGUUCUCUACCAUUUCAUCAUAUGAGCUCAGCAGAUUGGAGCCUACGUCAGAAACAGCAAGAUACAAAUCAUUCAAUGACGCAUCUUAAAAGCAUAGCACAAGGGAAUCAAGGGUCCCGAACUCAAAUAAAGUCAAUCGUUGAUAAAGUGCCGAAUUUAGAUUUAACAUCUCGUAAAGUCGGUCCUUUUUCAUUUCAAAAUUGGGGUCACUCGACAAACUUAAAAACUUGUACAACUGUAAAAAUGACAUUAAGCCAAAGUGAAGCUUCGCAUUCAAAGGCACAAAAAGUUUUUGAGAAAAAUAGUGUUGAAAACUUGCGUCGUUAUAACAAAACCGAAAACAAUGGUUUUUCCGAUUCCUUAAGUAUUUCAAAUCCUUUGUUGAAUGAAUUACAAGAGUUAAAGGCAAUGAUGAGUUCUAUUGUGACGGAACGAGAUUCAGGGGCACUGAAAAGUACAAAUAUGAUGACAGAUAAUUGUUGUAACAGUCAAGAUGAUUGUGUUGAAAGUCAGGCUUCAGUUUCUAAUCACGUUGAAUUGUUAAACACAGAAAACAAUAGCCUCUCCACAAGAGAUUCUUCAAAAGAUAAAAAGAUGUCUCCACGGUGUUUAGUUACCGCACCAUGUUUACCAAAAAAAGCUCCGGCAUCUCCACCGUCGCGGAAAACUAUUCUUACACCGCGAAACGAAAAUUUAAAUUUUUUUGAACCUAUAAGUAAAAACUAUAGUGGUGUAUUUGAUAGUGCGUAUAUGAAGGAUGCGCAAAAAUUUCUUGAAGAUGAAUACGAAGAUACCAAGAGAUUCAAUAGAAAAAUUCCAACAUCCACAAAAGAAAACGAUAAAAACAAAGGACGAAAAAAAAGUCCAAGGUUUGAACUUAGUCAACAACAAUGUUACGACACUAAAGAGACACAGAGCAAUCAGCCGUGUUUUGAAGAAGGUCCGGAAGAGAGAGAAUUUGAAGAAACAAAAGCUGCAGUUAAUGUUCAAAAGAAAAAUAAAAAACCACAGAAACGAGAAAUUGAGGUAAAAUGUUUGGAACAGGAAGGUGCAGAGGAAGUUGAGAAGGAAAGUGAAGAGUCACAUGAAGAAAAAGGUGAAGAAGAAGAUAGCCAAGAAGGAGAAACGUUUGAUAAUGAAAGUGAAGAUGAAGAAACUGUAGGUGAAGAAGGUGAAGAUGCAGAAAGUGUAUGUGAAGAAAGUGAAGAUGAGGAGAGUGAUGAUGCAGAGAGAAAAAAAGAAGAAGACGGAGUAGAGUUAAAUGAAGAGACUUUCGAGUCGGAUGACGAGACAAGCGAGUCGGAUGAAAGAACAUAUCAGUUGGAUGAAGAAUGUUGUGAACGGGAUGAAGGUUUUUGUGAAAGUGAUGAAGAGACUUCUGCCAUGGAUGGGGAAAGUUGUGAUUCAAAGUCUUUGUCACUGAAUUAUGGGUUAAACAGAGAUACGUCUAGCAUAAAAGAUUUGAAUGACAAAAAAACAAAAAAAAACCAAAUGAAAAGCCAAAAAAGUAAAAAGAAAGAUAUUUUAUGUUUUUCAGCUCAAAAAGUGAACAAAAAUGACAGAAGGAAAAAAAAUACCUUGUGCAUAGAUUCAACAUGUGAGCGAGUAAAGUGUCACGGGAAAAGCAAGAAGACAGGAGAGUGCUUAAACCUUGUGUGGAGUCCCCGAGAUGUUUCUCACUCUACAAAAGACAAAAAACGUUGUGAAGAUAAAUAUAGUGACGCAGUGGAGAAAUGCAACACUCAAAACAGACCUUGUCGCCAUGCUAAAUGUGUAGAACACGAUCUUCAAAAAGAGCUAGCCUUAAACAACAAGCUUUUGCUUGAGUGUUUGAAAAAAUCUUCCCAAGGCCACGAAAAUGAACAAAGAUCUAUUUUAUCCAAAUAUAUUCAAAUGAGAAAUGUCAAUGGAAUUGAUAUUCCCGUUCUCCUAGUUGACGCAUGCAAAAUGGGAAAGGACAAUAGAAAAAAUGAUGUAAAAGAUAAUAAUAUAUCAGAAGAACAAUUUGUGCCAAUCACAGUGAAAGAGAGUACUGAAAAAGCUUUUUCGCUUGAGUCCAAAACUCAAGGACAGAACUUGAUUCUUUUACUCGAAAAGAAAAAUGAUGAGUUAUGUUUUGACAUACUUAAAAUAAAAGAAGAGCGACAUUUACUAGAGAGUCAAACCCAAAUUUUAAAAAAUGAAAAGGAGGUUUUGGAAAAUGACUGUCAAGUUUUGAAGGAACGUGUUACUGAACUAGAAAAACAAAUUAAAUUGGUUCAGGCAGAAAUGGAAUCUUAUAAAGUUCAAGUUGAGAUCACAAAAAACGAUUGUGUUGAGACACGAGAAACUUUAUCUAUGGAUGUCGCUAAAAUUCGUGAGUCACGAGACGAAUUGCAAAAUUUGUUGUGUGUUCAAGAGAAUCAUAUGAAGGCUGCUCAUGCGGGUUUAGACAAGUUGCAAGAAGAACGACAACGCUUACUUCGUGAAUUAACAGCUUUAGAGCGUUUAGAUACAGAUAAAAGUUCUAUAAUCGACAAACUUAAUGCAGAAGUACUGACGUGUAAAGAAGAGUGUGAAAAGUUACACAGCCAAGUUCAACAAACAGAAAGCUUAAUUAGUAAACUAAAGGACGAAAAUAAAAAAUUAUCACAACGAAACUCUAUUUAUGAACAAGAAAAAGAGACGAUUGAAGAAGAAAAACAAACUUUACUAAAAAAGUUAUCAAAAGGAAUGAGCUUUGAAGAAAAAGAAGAAUUGUUGGAUCUUGUGCAAUUACAUCAACAAAAGUAUGAGAAGACACAAGAAGAGAUACAACGCUUGAAGAAAGAAGUGGAAGCUUCAGUUUCAACAAGAGUGCAAUUUGAGAAGGAGUUAUUGGAAACGACUGAAGAGAUGGAGUCGGCUUUGCAAGUAGCUAAGGAAAAAAUUCGAAAUGCGGAAACGGAAAAACUACAAGCGCUAGCCCGAGAAAAAGCACUAUUAGCUGAAAAAGAAAGUUUUGUCAAAAUCAACAAGUCACAAUUAAGCACGGAAAAGGAAGAAUUAGAAGAUCAAAUGUAUGCUUUACAACGCGAACUAGAGGAAGCUAAAAAUGCACGAAGGGAUGCAGAAUUGAAAACAGAACUUCUCAAGAAAAAAACACAAGAAAUACAAGAUGAUCAAAUGUCGGUGGAAAAGCUUUGGCGCGACAACGAAGAGAUGAAGUUGAAAAUCGUGGGAUUAUCGAAGUCUAAAAAAAUUUUGGAACAAGACCUUAAAUCGACUCUCCACGCAAGUAGAGGAUUACAUCAAAAACUUAUGCAAUUGCAAUCGUCUAAUUUGAUAGUGGAUGCUGAAGAAGGAAAACGAUUAAGACAGUGUGAAAAAGAAUGGGAAAAUUAUCAACUGGCUGCAAAAAGAAGGAAGAGUCGUAUUAAACGCUAUAGUGUACUUUCUCUUCAAUUUUCGCCUUUAAAUUCUUUAAUUCUUAACAAAGGAGUUCAAGUCGGCCCUCCAUUCAGUUUGUCAGCUUCUUUAUACUCAGAAACUCGUUGUACAGCUUCGGCAGAUAAGAAAAAUCAUAGGGAACCUGUCAAAAAUAUAAAUUUAUCACCAACGUCGCCCUCUUCAAGUAGUUACUCGAGAUCUUUGUCAAAUUCUUCUCAAUCAUCUACCCGGUCAUACACUGGUGGAGCUCUUAAAAAUAAUGUUACGAGUCAAACGCAGAAACGCAUUGAAAGAAAAACGUUUAUUGAAAGUUCACAAAGUAGUAUUCUUUCAAAACCAAAUGAGAAUCGUGUACCUCAGUUUCAAAAACCAACACAGUCUUUUGUCAUGAGGCGUCAACAAUCUCUAAUGAAACAUGCGCGGGUUGAUGAUAUUUGUGUUCGCGGAUUACAUCGCGUUGAACCGUGUACUAAUGUUUUUCGUCGCAAUCGUCGCAUUAAAUAUGACGAUUCUUUAAAGUCGUUAUGUUCGAGCCCGAAGACUAGUCAUACACCUUUACACAAAAACGAAGCGAACUGUUUUAAGUUUGAAGAUAUUAAUUCUACUAUUGAACCAGAAGAUUCAAAUGUUAUGAAUUGCACUGCAGCGACCGGUAAACAAAACAACCGAUCAAAUAACAUACCUUUUAAAGAAGGUAUGGAAAACGUAUUCAACACCCUUGAUGAAGAAAAAUCCUGUGAAAGCUUUUUCCUUAGUGAAAACAAAACACUGCAGAAUACCCAGCAUUGUAUGAAAGAAAAAAACUGGGGUGUAGCUUCUAGUGUGAAAGGAGUGCCGCAGCGAAUUACGACACAUCCUUUAGAUGUUUCAGUAGAACAACAAAACAAUGCCUACGCUUCUUUUCCAGGGAAAAAUUUGGAAAACUGUACUCCUUUUCACUUAAAAAAUUGUGAUUUUCAAAAAGUUACUGCUCCAACAAUAGAGACUCCAGAUUUUGGUUCGCAUUCCGCUUUUCAAUGUAGCACGACUUUCUUAGACGUUUCGACGAAAAAAUCCAAUGUAGACUCCUUACGUCAAAAAUUAUUAAAUGAAGGGAUAUUAUCGACUGAAAAUUUAGUUUAACGCAGCCUUUCUUUUUUUUUGAAAAAAAAGUUUCGAAUCAAUUAUGUUAAAUAAUACAAAUUACAAAACCUUCUUUUUAACAACAUUUGAAACAAUAACUCUCACAAGUAAAAAUUAUUAUGCUUGUGCGUUUAGCGGUA